AUGGCGUCAGAGCAUAUUGAAGCCGACAAUGCAGAAGCCAUAAUCAUGAGAAUCGAGCACAAGUCUCGCAAGAUCGAGAGCUUGCUCAAACAGAACAAACCAGUGGAAGCCCUUAAGACAGCUCUUGAAGGGUCACCUCCCAAGACGAAGGAUGAGAGGUGCAAGUCUGCGAAUUGGAUAGUGGUGCACAGGGCUAUAAUGGCAAUCAAGGAUGUGGACAGCUUGUUCUUUGCAUUGGAUCCUGAGUAUUAUGAUAUCCUGAUGAACAAGAAUUUAUCGGAUAAGGGAGGGAAGGGUAAUACUGGAUCUUUUCUUAUUUCUUCUGUGCAAGUAGUCAUGAGUGUAUCUGAUGUGAGUUCAGAAUAA